AUGGACGCCCUUCUUCGGACCACGUCCCGGGAUCAAAGCCAACCCUUUACCAUAGCGCCCUCAUCACCUUCCACACAGCGAUCUCCCGCCUUUUCAUCCGACUCAACAUUCAAAAUUGCACUUCCCAGCACGACAGACCCGCCUUCUGCGACCAACCCUCCAAAACAGAAAGUAUGGGUCAUCUUUGGCGCAACAGGCCACAUGGGCCGCAGCGUCACCAAGACUGCUCUUGCCCAUGGCGAUCUAGUCUGUGCAGUCGGCCAGUCUCUUCAAGACAGUCCCUCCACGCUCUCAACGCUACUAUCAGUCCUGUCCAAUGCCUCAUCGACCAACUACGCUGAUACGUACCUCGGCCUUCUAUGCGACGUCCGCAUCCGGGCCUCCGUAUCGUCCACGCUCGACAAAACAAUCGCGCACUUCGGCCGAAUCGACAUCAUUGCCAACUGUACGGGCUACGGCGUCAUUGGUGCCUGCGAGGAUCAAGACGAGCAUGAAAUCCGCAACCAGUUUGAGACCAAUUUCAUGGGCACGCUAAACAUCAUCCAGCUCUCUCUACCGCACUUUCGAAAGCGCCAGGCGGGUCGGUAUCUGAUUUUCAGCAGCACGUCCGGCGCGCUGGGCGUACCUGGUCUAGGUCCCUAUUGCGCAACAAAGUACGCUGUCGAGGGACUGAUCGAGAGUAUGCUGUACGAGGUCGACCCAUUCGGAAUCAGGGCAACACUGGUGGAGCCGGGUCAUUUACGGCGUGAUGAUGGUGGUGUUGGUUCCAGCACUGCCGCUUCUACUGGCGCACAAGGCGCCGUAGGUGUGCCCACGACGAACGGUAGUGGCGCUGGGGUAUCUCGACCGGGCACUGCAGCUGCAGGUUCCGCCGGAGCGGGGAACAGCGUCAACACACUCCCGCUGUUCGGCCACUUCAAGGUAGCCAAAGCGUCCGAGCCGUACACGGGCAGAGAUGCGCCUGCUGCACAUGCACAGCGGACGUUGCACUGGAUAGGCAACAAUCAACCUGUAAGUGUGGUGAAAGCAGCUGAGCUGGUGUGGCAACUGGGUCAUUGUCGGUAUCCUCCUCUACGCUUGAUUCUAGGCACAUUCGCCGUAGAAAGCAUUCGAGACAGAUUGAAGAGCAUCAUCGAGGAGAUUGAGGACUGGAAACACUUGAGUUUCCCGCCACUAGAACCAGAACCCGAUGCAGAUGGUGAGGUCGAUGGAGAGGGAGAGGGCGAAGACGACGCCGAUGAGCAAGGCGACGGCGACGAAAUGGACAGGGACGGAGGGGACGACGACAACGACGAUGACAACACCGAUGGCGGAGAUCGAUGCGACGACAGGAAGAGGGCGGAGACAAAACCGCAGCAACGCGGCGCAACGAACUACGAAGGAACACCCGAGGUUAAAAUGGAGGAUCGCAUGGACGUUGAUCGGUGA